AUGGAAUCGGUGGCCAAUAAACCUGCAGCUGGAGGCCCAGAUGCGGCCGGAAGUAGUGACACAACCGCCGGAGUCUGCGCCAUUGGCAUUGACGAGCGAACUGGCCGGUUGCGCUGGUGCCCUGGGUACCGGUUCGUGAAGAUCCUGUUCGUGGUUCCGGCCGCGAUGCUCUCGAUCGGUUUGCUGUUUCUGCUGUUGUCUCGGUUUCAGAUGGUUGAAGCGGCUCGGGUGGCGGCGGUGGAUGCAGAGUUUGGUGACAUCCGUCAGUAUGCCGAAGAACCACCGGCCGUUAAUCAUCUGGCGGAUGAGAUCGGUUGGGAACCGGAACAGUUCGAGCAGGAUGACGAAGAUGAGCAGGUGAGCCACUGUGAGCCGAUCCCUGAGAAGGACGGUCCGGGUGAGUCUGCGGACACCGAGGAUCGAGGACUGCUGCGAGGCAUCGUUCGGACAUCCUUCGUCCCGUCAGUACGGCGAGUCCUGCCUGCGGGUUGUCUUGGAGCAGGCACCCAACAAGGACCCCCGGUGGAACGGAUGGGUCGAAUAGAACGGCGUCGAAGGCGCAGAAAAGCUUCCAUAAACGAGGACCACGAAAGUGUGGAGAGUGUACGAACAGCUCAGGUGCAGAACAUGCAGCAGUACAUGGACCUGCAGGCGGAUCCGUGUGACGACUUCUACCAGUACGCAUGCGGCAACUGGGACCGAGUGAACCCGAUCCCAAAGGAUAAAGCCGCCCUCGACACGUUCGAGCUGUUGCGCGAAAACCUCGACCAGAAGCUGAUGGAUCUGCUGCAGGAACGUGAUCUGACGGGGUUGCCCGAGGUCGAGAAUGCGCUCUCAAACGCGACGACGACGACAACCACCAGCAUCACCGCUACGAACCCGAUGGGGUACAUCACGACCACCACUGAGACGCUCACGGGUGACCAGCAGUACCUGCACCGGGUCAGGAAGCGAGGCCGGACCGAACAUCGACCACGGGGUCCACGCGCGGUCGCGAACAAGCUUAUCAUCCGCUCAGCUCAGGUGAAGCGCGUCCGCAAACGCGAACUUCUGCCACCCGGCAGCCUCGAUGCGGAGACGAAAGCGCGUCAUCUGUUCGCGUCCUGCAUGAACUACGCGCUGAUCGAGCGACGUGGGCUCGAACCGUUGUUGGCGUUAUUGCGCAACCUUGGAGGAUGGCCCGUGCUCGAACGAGCUGGCUGGGAUGAACGCGGGUUCGAUUGGCUUCACCUUACUGCGGCGUUACGCCGGUACAACAACGACGUGCUGAUCGUCGAGUGGGUCGGUCCCGACAUCAAAAACUCGGACGAGAACAUCGUACAGUUCGAUCAGACUUCGCUCGGAUUGCCAACGCGCGAGUACUACCUGCAGCACGCCAACCGGAAGUACCUGGAGGCGUACAGGCAGUUCAUGGUGGAGGUGAUAGGGCUGUUAGGUGUGCCGGUAGAGGAGGCAGCACGUGCGACCGACGAGAUGAUCGAGUUCGAAACGCAACUGGCCAACAUCACGAGCACGCCCGAGGAGCGCAACAACGUGUCCACGCUGUACCGGAAGCUGAUCCUCGAGAGCCUGCACGACGAAAUACCGGAGAUCGACUGGACGCGGUACCUCGCGAUCGUUACCGAGCGGCCAGUAAACGCGUCCGACUUUGUCGUGAUGUUUGCGAUGGGUUACAUGCGUGAUCUUGUCGAGCUGAUCGGUCAGACGGAACGGCGCGUCGUUGCUAACUAUCUGUUGUGGCGAUUCGUGCGGCAUCGCAUCAACAAUCUCGAUGAUCGGUUUCUGGGCGCUAAGCAGCGCUUUUCGAAUGCACUGUUUGGGCGUGAACGCAAUCCACCUCGGUGGAAAAACUGCGUCACGCAGGUGAACGCCAACAUGGGCAUGGCCGUGGGUGCGAUGUUCGUUCGACGGUAUUUCGACGAAAACAGCAAGCGAGACACACUCACUAUGACGCAUGAACUGCAGGACGCGUUCCGUGAGAUCCUCAACAAGACGGGUUGGAUCGAUGCCCCAACACGGCGACUUGCCGAGCAGAAGGUGAGCGCAAUGUCCCUGCGGAUCGGUUACCCAGACUUCAUACUCGAACCGGAGCAACUAAACGCACGGUACGCCACACUGGAGAUCCACCCUGAUCGAUACUUCGAGAACACGCUCAACGUACUCAGCCACAUCCGCCGGACGGAUCAGGAAAAGCUGGGCCAACCGGUGAAUAAAACUGCCUGGCAUACGGCUCCGGCCGUCGUCAAUGCGUACUACAGCCGCAACAAGAACCAGAUCAUGUUCCCGGCCGGUAUCCUGCAGCCACCGUUCUACCACCGACACCUACCCAAGGCGAUCAACUACGGUGGUAUUGGGGUCGUGAUUGGGCACGAGUUGACACACGGGUUCGACGAUAAAGGUCGGUUGUUUGAUCGCGAUGGCAACCUGUACCGAUGGUGGAGUGAUCGUGCGAUCGACGCGUUCCACGAGCGAGCUGCUUGUCUGGUGCAGCAGUACAGCAGGUACACGAUCGAUGAGGUCGGUGUGCAGCUAGACGGUGAGAACACGCAGGGUGAGAACAUUGCAGAUAACGGUGGCAUCAAGCAGGCAUUCCUAGCCUACAACACGUGGAUCGAGGCUCAGCGAGAUCCGCACGUGCUUGAGCUCGAAACACUGCCCGGUCUUAACGUGACACGUACGCAGCUGUUCUUCCUCAACUUUGCGCAGAUCUGGUGUGGUGCGAUGCGACCGGAAGCCACCCGGAACAAGCUUAAAACGGCCGUACACAGUCCGGGCCGGUUCCGUGUCAUUGGGACGCUCUCGAAUUCGGAGGACUUCGCGCGCGAGUACCGCUGCCCAGUUGGCAGCUUCAUGAACCCGGUUGAUAAGUGUAGCGUAUGGUAGGGCGUGGGUGAUGAUAAAGAGAAGCCAGUGUGUCAGUUCACAUCCUUCACAGCUGGUGUCGGACGUCGUGUAAGGAGGUAUUUGCCAGGAGUCCUGCCACUAGACGCAGGAUAUCGAAUAGCUUCGAGUAAUUCGCGUAUGGCCAAGAUCGAUAGGUGCCGCUGCGGUUGAGUAGUAACACUGGAUACUAGUGCACAUCGCGCACACACGGAUCCCUACACAACGACUAGUUCCAGGGCAGUUCAGUUAAGUGAAAGUAAUCCCAAAACCCACCCGAGGAAUCUCGCUCCUGAGGAUGCCGUUCGCAACACCUCGUACAACACUGUUAUCCAAUUUAUCUGCCGUGUUGAUCAAUUCCACCGAGGUCGAAUUGCUUUCCGUGCGUGCGUGAGGUGCCAGUGUACCGAUUAGAUUAGGACAUCCACACACGCGCUUUGAGGGAAGAUUCGGGACCGAAAAAUCGUGGCAUAGAAGAAGGAAGUACACGUGGCCAGAAGUCUAUGCCAUUUGUCGCUCUAUUUGGAAGUUUGUUUAGUAUUUAGGCGCUUCAUAGACUCCCCACUUGCUGUAGUUUAGCUGCAACCAUCCAAAGGGACCAUCCGAAGGCAUGUCUAUCAUUACUAGGCCUAGCUACCUCAAGGAAUAGCAAAAAAAAACUGUAGCG